AUGGAUUUCACUCCUCUCAGCAACGCCAUGGCCGCCAAAUCGUUCGAAAAGGUUGCUGAUAUCUGCGAUGAACUCAUGCUCAAGGCUGCAGCUGAGGGGGUUCCCUUUCAAGACGAGUGGCCCUACGCGGUUCAUCUUCUAGGUCAUAUUUACGUUAAUGAUGUUAACAGUGCUCGUUUUCUCUGGAAAUCAAUUCCUCCGAAGAUCAAGGAGGGCCAGCAAGAAGUUGUUGCUGCUUGGAACAUUGGUCAGAAAUUGUGGACGCGUGAUUAUUCUGGUGUGCACAAGGCUGUUCGUGGUUUUGAUUGGGGCGAACAGACUCGCCCUCUCGUUGCUGCAUUUGCAGAGGUCUAUAGCAAAAGGAUGUUUCAGUUGUUGUUGUCUGCGUAUUCAACUAUAAGCAUCCAAGACACGGCUCUCUUUUUGGGGAUGAAUGAGGAUGAUGCUACUAAGUAUGUGGUGGGCCAAGGGUGGAUUCUUGAUUCUGCUUCUCAGAUGCUAACCGUGAAGAAACAGGCUGUUGCGGUAGAGCAGAAACUGGACUCAGGCAAGCUGCAGCGCUUGACAGAAUACGUGUUCUACCUGGAGCACUGA